AUGACGAAUUGGCCAGACAUCCCCUGCAAGCCCGCCGAGGGUAUCCCGUUCUUCACACCGGCGCAAUCCCCCCCAGCUGGCACCGCGCGCGAUCCCCAGACCAGUGGAAAGCCCAUCCCCAAACUGUUCCGGCCGUUGACCAUCCGGGGCCAAACCUUCCAGAACCGACUAGGUCUCGCGCCCAUGUGUCAAUACAGUGCCGACGACGGGCAUAUGACUCCCUGGCACUUGACGCAUUAUGGCGGGAUUGCGCAACGCGGCCCGGGCCUGAUGAUCAUCGAAGCCACGGCCGUGGUGCCGGAAGGCCGGAUCACACCUGGGUGCGUGGGUCUGUGGAGGGACUCGCAGAAGGCGAUGCUACAACAGGUGGUGGAGUUCGCCCACAGCCAAGGGCAGAAGAUCGGGAUUCAACUGGCGCACGCCGGGCGCAAGGCGUCCACCGUCGCGCCCUGGCUGGGGGGUGUCACUGCGACGAAUGCAGUAGGCGGGUGGGUCGAGCAUGUCAAGGCGCCGAGUGCAAUCCCCUUCGCGGAGGGGGAUAUCGUCCCCCAGGCGAUGACCUUGGAAGACAUCCAGGAGCUCAAGGACGCCUGGGUCGCCGCUGUCAGACGGGCUGUCUCGGUAGGAGUUGAUUUUAUCGAGAUCCACAACGCCCACGGAUACCUGCUGUCUUCGUUCCUGAGCCCGUCCUCGAACCAGCGCUCUGAUCGGUAUGGAGGGUCUUUCGAGAAUAGGAUCCGUCUGUCGUUGGAAAUUGCCCAGUUGACCCGUGAGACGGUGGGAGACCAGAUGCCGGUGUUCCUGCGGGUCUCUGCGACGGACUGGCUGGAGCAUCGGCCGGGCGAGCAGGGCUGGAGCGUGGAGGACACGGUGGAAUUUGCCCGCGCUGGCAGCGCAGGGCUUGGUGGUGUGCAUAGUGGACAGAAGAUCACUGCCGGGCCAGCCUUCCAGGCGCCCUUUGCGGCGGCUGUCAAGCGGGCCGUGGGAGACCGGAUGCUCGUGGCGGCCGUGGGCAUGAUCAACCACGGACAGUUGGCGGAGAAGCUGUUGCAGGAGCACAACCUGGAUGUGAUCUUGGUCGGCCGGGCAUUCCAGCGGGAUACGGGUUUAUCGUGGCAUUUUGCUAAAGACCUGGACGUGGAGAUUGCCAUGGCCGCUCAGAUCCGAUGGGGAUUCACCAGCUUCCGCAAUGCGUCGGAAUAUAUCCAGCCCAACUCGAUGAAAGCGUCUAUCUUUGACUAA